AUGCAAUUGGAACUGCCUAUAAUAACAUUUGACACGAAAACUUUUCUAGACAUAGUGAUCGAUUCUGAUAACGAAACAAGCGCCGCGGAACGGGAUAUUUUCACCUACGAACCAAGACAAUAUCCCCCCCUCUCCGAACCCGAAUAUCAAGAAACGAGUAACCACGGUAAUGUUGUCGAAGAGAACGCCAAUGAAAAAGAAUCAGAUAUCAAUGAAGAAUGCCGAGAACUUUUCAGAAGAAGUGAUCAGGAAAUUGCUGAGUGGGUGACCAGUAGGCCACAUAUCUUAAACCUAAUAAAAAUUUUAGAAAAGAAACCGACAAUCGAUCAAUCUACUUUGAAUGAUCGAAUAUAUAAGGAAAGCCGUGCACUUUUCUUGCGCACUCGAAACAGCACGUCGGAGUUGUAUGAAGAAUUUGCCGCCCGACUUCUGGGUAGUACGCGGGCACAUCCAGAUGUCCCCAUGGUGGCAAAGAAGGUCGGAGAUAUCCUUAGCAACAUGAGGUGCCAGGUCAAUAUACUUCUUAAGGGAGCCGCCAAGAAUUAUAUCGACAAGUAUGGCAACGAUCUAACUGACCGAAACCUUCAUGAAUUCGUCGAUGAUCACGUAUGGCGGCACAUCCUCCGACUGCCACUCAUGGGAGUGAACGAAAUGAUCUUGAACAAUGAUAAGCAUAUAACCUUCAAACUGAGAGAAUUUGUCAUGCGUGCUGUAGAGAGAUGGGUUGUUGGGCGGGAGCCGAAAAAGGCAAUAAGAGAGCUGGAUCACAUAACCAUAGAUUUAGCAAUUCAGUCAAAUUACAAUAUUGCAGCAAAACUACCUGUAAAGCAACUGUUGUUAUGUCAGAGAUCCAGACGACAUCAUAGUUGA